GUGGCAGCAGGCGGGAGUCGGAACUAGUGUCAUCGGUUCGGAUUGGUGAACCCGUAACGAAGAGCACCCCCUAAACUCCCAUAAUCGAUUUGGGGAUAUUCCCUGCCCAAAAAAUUCCUGGAAAAUUGACUAGUAUUAAGUGUGAGUAAAAGGCGUAAUAGAUUGGAACUCAGUGAAGACACAGACGGUCCUGUUGAGAACAACCAGCUAAUGAUUACAUAUUAAAGACGAUUUCUGUGCUUGAGUUGUCAUUUGGAAGACUGGAAGAUUAAGCCCAUUUUAAGAGGACUUGGAACUGGUCCUCCCCUCGAAAGCAGUGGCUUAUUUCAGAAAGCCACCUCUGAUCCUCGAAUUCACUCAGCAUGUCUAAUCAAGGAGAAGAUUGCUAUUUUUUUUUCUAUUCUACAUGUACCAAAGGUGACAGCUGCCCAUUCCGUCACUGUGAAGCUGCACUAGGAAAUGAAACUGUUUGCACAUUAUGGCAAGAAGGACGCUGUUUUCGACAGGUGUGCAGGUUUCGGCACAUGGAGAUUGAUAAAAAACGCAGUGAAAUUCCAUGUUAUUGGGAAAAUCAGCCAAUGGGAUGUCAAAAACUAAAUUGUGCUUUCCAUCACAACAGAGGACGCUAUGUUGAUGGGCUGUUUCUACCUCCAAGUAAAACUGUAUUGCCCACUGUGCUUGAGUCACAAGAAGAAGAAGUAAAGGCUGGCCAGCUCACGGCUCAACAGAACAAGCUGUCUGUGCAGUCGAACCCCUCCCCUCAGCUGCGGAGUGUUAUGAAAGUAGAAAGUUCUGAAAAUGUUCCUAGUCCCACACAUCCACCAGUUGUAAUCAAUGCUGCAGAUGAUGAUGAAGAUGAUGAUGACCAGUUUUCUGAGGAGGGUGAUGAAACCAAAACACCUGCUCUACAACCAACUCCUGAGGUCCAUAAUGCAUUACGAGUGGCUCCUGCGCGGAAACCCGGAGUCAGUUUAAAGCAAGGUGAAAGUUUAAAUUUUGGAAUAAAAACUCUUGAGGAAAUUAAAUCAAAGAAAAUGAAGGAAAAAUCCAAGAAGCAAGGUGAAGGUUCUUCAAGCGUUUCCAGUCUGCUACUCCAACCUCAGCCCAUUCCAGGUCCCGAAAAAGAAAACGUUCGGACUGUGGUGAGGACAGUAACUCUGUCAAACAAACAAGGUGGAGACAGUGAUCCCCCAUUAAAGCGGAGUCUGGCACAGAGACUGGGAAAGAAAAUUGAAGCUCCAGAACCGAAUACUGACAAAGCACCAAAGAAAGUUCAAGUUUCCAAGUCUCUGAAGGAGCGAUUAGGCACGUCAGCUGGGCCAAAUAGUGAGGAGGCAACAGAGAGAGUUAAUAAAAUUGGUGAGAUCCAUGUGAAGACAUUAGAAGAAAUUCUUCUUGAAAGAGCCAGUCAAAAACGUGGAGAAUUGCAAACUAAACUCAAGACAGAAGGAUCUUCAAAACCUGACGAUUCUACACUGGGAACAAAAAGCUCCUCCGGCGUCCGAAUCAAAACCUUCUCUGAAGUCUUGGCUGAAAAAAAACAUCGGCAGCAGGAGACAGAGAGACAAAAAAGCAAAAAGGAUGCAACUGGCAUCAAGCUAAAGACUGAUAGUGAAAUUAAGAAAACGGUGAUUUUGCCACCCGUCGCUGUCAGCAAAGGACAGUCAGAGGAGCCUGCAGGUAGAACAAAAUCUAUGCAGGAGGUGCACAUUAAGACCCUGGAGGAGAUUAAACUGGAGAAGGCACUGAGGGUGCAGCAGGGCUGUGAGAGCAGCACUGGUUCCCAGCCCCAGCCCGAGGCCACCCCAGGGACAAGGCGGCUGCUCCGAAUCACCAAAAGAACAGGUGGGAAAGAGGAGAAAAAGCUUCAGGAAGGAAGUGAAGUGGCUUCUCUGAGCAGUGCUAUUAGGACAGAGGCCAAUGAGGCUUCUGAUGAGACUGUAGGAGUUGAUUCCGCAACCACUCCAAUCAAGAGAUGUGAGACCAUGAGAGAGAAUCAUGCACAGAAACAGCAGGAGAGGGGAGCCUCACAGAAGGAAAAAUCAGUCUUGACACCCCUGUGGGGAGAUGCAGCCUCUUACAACACCCAUGUGGUGGAGAAACCUGUGCUCACUGCUGUGUCCAGUGUUUCACGACACCUUAGCAAGCGGCUUCCUGCAAAGUCGUGCCAGAAGAUAGAAGCAGAAACCUCAGGGACUGGGGACUCAGUAUUGAGUGUGAAGUGUGCAGCACAGCCUUUGGAGAAAAGGGGUAAAGCUAAACCCAAAGUAAAUGUGAAGCCAUCUGUGGUUAAAGUUGUUUCAUCUCCCAAACUGGCCCAAAAACGCAAGGCCGCGGAGAUGCAUCCUGCUGUUGUUGCAGCGGUGAAGCCACUCAGCUCCAACAGUGCCCUGCAGGAAAUCCCAGCCAAAAAAGCAGCUGUGGCUGUUGUCCCACUGACCUCUGAGGAUGAAUCAGUCACUGUGCCUGAGACAGAAACACCUAGAGACAGUUUUGUGCUGUCUCCAACCCAGUCCUCUUCAGACCCCACACCCCCAGAAGUGUCUGGCCCUUCCUCAUCCCAGACGGCCACGAAAACACGCCGCCUCAGCUCUGCCUCGACAGGAAAGCCCCCGCUCUCUGUGGAGGAUGAUUUUGAGAAGCUAAUAUGGGAGAUUUCAGGAGGCAAACUAGAAGCCGAGAUUGACCUGGAUCCUGGGAAAGAUGAAGACGAUCUUCUGCUUGAACUCUCAGAAAUGAUUGAUAGCUGAAAGUGGUAGUGAGAACACUUAAAAAAAAAAAAAAAAAAAAAAAACUCACCAAAAAAAAAGACUUAUUUCAUCUAUCCUAACUUGUAACAUGUACCUGAGAUGAUUGUUUAUUGUUCAAUUUGCCCCAAAUCAGAAGUAUACCUCUGACUUACUGUUUGUGUUCUGGAUUCCUUGGGGUUAGAUUUUUUUCAAGUCCCCUGCUAACCAUUUUAUGCCAUUGUUAAGCAUCUUUGAGAAAAGUUCUGUAAUACCCUUCUCUCCACAAAAAAAAAAAAAAAGACUGAGAGGGAGCUCUGAGCUGAAAGGGUGUAAGAGAACUUAGUAAUUCCUUGAGGUGUUUGUCAUGUUUAGCUGUUUCCCCCUUUGUUGCAUCCUUUCUUUUAUGUGUCGUCUUAAUGUACUUAAUAUUAUGUGUGUUUGAAAUAGAUAAAGACAGCUGCUACCAUUGUGGACCAAAUUCCAUGCUACCACUAAACAAAAACCCCAUUCAGUCUGUUAAAUUAUAUGUCUUUUUAAUGGUAUUUGGAGAUUUCAACUAAGCUUUAAAGAGACCUGAGUAGCUCAAGAAAGCUGAAAUAUGGACAUAGUUCUUUGGACCUGAUUUUGAUGCUUAAGCUGCCCUGUAAGCCUCUGAAGAGCAAUAGCUAAUUUAUUAUUACUGUAAUUUUUUUAAAGGCUUUAAAGUGCCUCAGGGGUCCCCUGAACCUGAUUUUCUACUUCCGGGAUUCCCUGAAUUAGAGGAAUUAUUUUUUAGUAUGAAAGUUGUCCCUUCUCUUCUUCAGUACACACUUCCUACUGACAUUGAAUUAUCACAGGGACAUAAAGUGGCCGGUUUUUAAAUUUCUAAUUCCCAGCAAGCUCCUCUUGCCCAGUAUUUAUUUGGUGCCCUUUAACCGCCUGAAUAGGAAAAAAAAAAAAACCCACUAAAGCUGCAGUUACUUCUCGAAGGACCGUAACCGUACUCUGAAUUGUACUGUAGCUGGGAUUUUGAGAUGCUCUGGGGGUGUAUUGUAUACCUUCCAGUUGUUUUCAUUUCUGAGUUUUUCUUUUCUUGAUGUUGGUCUCCUUCAUAUCACCUCAAGGGUUAGACUUGUGAAGGAACAAGUGUGAUGGGGACAAUAGUCUCGAAGGGAGACAUUGUACGUAAUCAGGAGGAGGAAAAAGGACUUGUCCAUUUUGAUAUCUUGCUGUAGGUGGCUAGCUUUGUUUCUCAUAAAGAAAUUGAACCACCUGUCAUGUUGGCUCCUAAGGAACUGCUGUUGUAAGUGGCUCAUCAAGAGUUGAACUUCAUGUAGCCUUGUUGGGAAUACGGAAAAGGAAGAAAGCCACGGGACUGCCCAUUCAGUCUUGGGAAGAUCUGGAUGACUCUGCGCAAGCAAAACUGACUUGAAAUUUUUGUACAGACACCUCUACCAAUCCAUCUUCAGCUGACUGAAUGUUGUAUUAUAACCCUUCCUCCAAAGCGGGUGGAAUGUUCUGGUUUCACCGUAGAUUUUAUAAACUCAUUUCAUUUUUGGAAUCAGCUUAAGGAUUCCAGGUACCUUUUGUAUAUAACUAUUAUUCCUUUGCUUUUUUAAAAAUAAUUUGUUUCAUAUUUAAAACCCUUGUAUUAGUGAUUCAUGUUCAGCAUUAUUUGAAUCAUUUGCCAUGACAGAAAGGAAAUACUUAUUUGUGUUUCAAAUAAAACUGGUUUAGGAAAGUCCUGA